UUUCCCAAGUGUUUGAAACUGGUAUUUGGGUUUUCCACGUUGGACAAGUGCGGCGCGGCGGGCAGCGCGCGCCCCUUCCCGCGCUCGCUCGGCCCAGCCCCGGCCCCUCUGCCGGGGUGCGCGCCCGCACGCCCGCCCGCGCCCGCCCCGCGCCCGAGGCCGCCGAGCGCUGGCCCGGCACACCCGCGCCGGGUCCCCGGGCCCAGGCGGCGCGGCUCGCAGAUGUAGCGGCGCGGGGCCGGCAGGAGGGGGGGGCGCCGGCGGGCGGGAGGUUUGCAUUUUGCAGGGCUGGGCUCCGAGGGGGCGGGGGCUGGAGGAAGCGGAAAGCCGCGCCGAGUCGCCGGGGACCUCGGUGAACCAUGUUGAGCCCUGCCAACGGGGAGCAGAUCCACCUGGUGAACUAUGUGGAAGACUACCUGGACUCCAUCGAGUCUCUGCCUUUCGACCUGCAGAGAAACGUCUCGCUGAUGCGGGAGAUCGACGCGAAAUACCAAGAAAUCCUGAAGGAACUGGAUGACUAUUAUGAGAAGUUUAAACGGGAGACGGAUGGCACCCAAAAGAGGAGAAUGUUGCACUGCAUUCAGAGAGCCCUGAUUCGGAGCCAGGAGCUGGGCGAUGAGAAGAUUCAGAUUGUGAGUCAGAUGGUAGAGCUGGUGGAGAACCGGACCAGGCAGGUAGACAGUCACGUGGAACUCUUUGAGGCACACCAAGAAGUCAAUGACACCACUGGCCACAGUGGCAAAGCCGGCCAGGAUAAGUCCAAGAAUGAGACAAUCACACAGGCAGAAAAGCCCAAUAACAAGAGGUCUCGGCGGCAGCGCAACAAUGAGAAUCGGGAGAAUGCGGCUAAUAAUCAUGACCAUGAUGACAUCACCUCAGGAACGCCUAAGGAGAAGAAAGCAAAGGCCUCCAAGAAGAAGAAACGCUCCAAGGCCAAAGCAGAGAGGGAAGCAUCCCCUGCAGACCUUCCCAUCGACCCAAAUGAGCCCACGUACUGUCUGUGCAAUCAGGUCUCCUAUGGAGAAAUGAUCGGCUGUGACAACGACGAGUGCCCCAUCGAAUGGUUCCACUUCUCCUGUGUAGGACUGAAUCAUAAACCAAAGGGCAAGUGGUACUGUCCCAAAUGUCGAGGGGAGAAUGAGAAAACCAUGGACAAAGCCCUGGAAAAAUCCAAAAAGGAGAGGGCUUAUAACAGGUAGUUGGUGGACCUUGCUGAGUAGUGAGGAGGACUAAGCCAGUGUAUUUAUUACAUUGCCACCUUUGGUGAGGUGCAAGGACUGUACAAUGUAUAUUUUUAAAGAAUGUUAGAAAAGGAACCAUUCCUUUUGUAGGGAUGGCAGUGAUUCUCUUUGCCUUUUGUUUUCAUUGGUACACUUGUGUAACAAGAAAGUGGUCUGUGGAUCAGCAUUUUAGAAACUACAAAUAUAGGUUUGAAUUAAACAUUCAAGCGAG